AUGCGCAUGCGCGACGCGCGGCCCGAGCCGGCCAUCCGCUGCGCGGUGCUGGGCGGCGGCGCGCGCCCGCCGCCGCGCGCGCCCGACCACCGCUCGCCCGCGCGCCUGCGCAUCGACCCCAAGGUGCUCGUCUUCGUCGAGACCACCUACUCGCGCCUCGGACGCGAGAUCGCCGAGCUGCUCGUCUACAACCGCAUCAAAUACAAAGUGGAAGUGGCAGGCAAGUCGUUGCCAGUGCUGACCAACCUGGACAAGGGCAAGUACGGCGUGAUCGUGUUCGAGAACCUGAACAAAUACCUGCAGAUGGACAAAUGGAAUCGCGAGCUGCUGGACAAGUACUGCCGCGAGUACAGCGUCGGCGUCGUGGGCUUCCACCCGCCCUCUGAGGAGACGCUGGUGGGCGCGCAGCUGCGCGGCUUCCCGCUCUUCAUCCACACCAACCUGCGUCUCAAGGAUGCUGCUCUCAAUGCUGCUUCCCCUAUAUUACGAUUAACACGUGCGGGUGAAACUGCAUGGGGACCUCUCCCAGGGGAGGACUGGACGAUUUUCAGUCCAAAUCAUUCCACAUAUGAGCCAUUAGCAUGGGCCACACGCAACCCUGAAGAUUUCCCUGGUAGUGAGGAAGCUGCUAAAUCACCUCUUUCAACUGUAAUACAGGACCACGGAAUGUUUGAUGGAAUUCAGAGAGUGUUGUUUGGCAGUGGAUUACGUUUCUGGUUGCAUAAGUUGUUGUUCCUUGAUUCAUUGUCCUAUCUGAGCCAUGGACAGCUAAGUGUAAGCCUGCAGCGUUAUUUGCUUGUGGAUGUGGACGACAUCUUUGUUGGAGAGCGGGGCACACGACUGAGAAAGGAUGAUGUAGUAGCUCUUCUGGCUACACAAAAGAGAAUUCAACAAAUGGUGCCAGGAUUUAAAUUUAAUUUGGGGUUCUCUGGAAAGUACUUUCAUCAUGGCACUUCUGAAGAAAAUCAGGGUGACGAUAUGCUCCUAGAGCAUGCAAGUAGUUUUAUGUGGUUCAGUCAUAUGUGGAAUCAUCUGCAACCUCAUUUGUAUGAUAAUUUGACCCAACUUGAGCAGGAUAUGGCUCUAAACAAAGAGUUUGCCAAGGAACAUGGUAUACCCAUUGAUUCUGGUUAUUCCAUUGCACCACAUCAUUCUGGAGUGUAUCCUGUGCAUGAGUUAUUGUAUGAAGCCUGGAAAAGGGUUUGGAAUAUUAGAGUGACUGCUACUGAAGAAUAUCCUCAUUUGCGACCUGCAAGGUUGCGGAGAGGUUUCAUUCACCGAAAUAUUAUGGUAUUGCCACGACAGACUUGUGGAUUGUUCACUCAUACAAUAAUGAUAGAGCGCUACCCAGGAGGUCGUGAGAAACUAGAUGAAGCUAUACAAGGAGGAGAACUUUUUCAGACAAUAGUUUACAAUCCAAUUAAUAUUUUUAUGACACAUAUGUCAAAUUAUGGCAAUGAUCGCCUGGCAUUAUACACUUUUGAGUCUGUAAUUAAGUUUCUGCAGUGCUGGACCAACCUACAUCUUAGUACUGCUCCUCCUUUGCAACUUGGUGAACGUUACUUUCAGUUGUAUCCUGAAGAAGGUGAUCCUGUAUGGGGGAACCCAUGUGAUGAUUUGAGACACCAGAGAAUUUGGUCUCGAAAUAAAACAUGUGAGCAAUUACCUAGGUUUUUGGUAAUUGGUCCACAGAAAACUGGCACUACUGCCCUCUACACAUUCCUUUCAAUGCAUCCAGAUAUUAGUAGUAAUUUCCCCAGUCCAGAUACUUUUGAAGAAAUUCAGUUUUUUAAUGGCAAAAACUAUUACAGAGGUCUUGACUGGUACAUGAAUUAUUUUCCAAUUCCAAAAAAUUCAACCGCUCGUUAUUUGUUUGAGAAGAGUGCAACAUACUUUGAUGGGGAUCUUGUUCCUAGGAGAGCACACGCACUUUUACCUCAUGCCAAACUGGUUACUAUUUUGAUAUCUCCAGCCAAGAGAGCAUACAGUUGGUAUCAGCACACCAGAGCCCAUGGUGAUCAAGUAGCAUUAAACUACUCUUUUCAUCAAGUGAUAACUGCUAGUGAUACUGCCCCCAAAUCUCUCAGAGAGCUGCGAAAUAGAUGUCUCAACCCUGGGAAAUAUGCUCAGCACUUAGAAAGAUGGCUGACAUAUUAUGCCCCACAGCAACUACACAUUAUUGAUGGUGAUCAACUCAGAUCAAAUCCUGUAGAAGUUAUGAAUGAACUCCAGAGGUUUUUGAAAAUUCAGCCACCGUUUGACUAUUCUCAGCAUCUCAGGUAUGAUCCAAAGAAAGGGUUUUUCUGCCAAGUUAUUAAUGGGGACCAUACUAAAUGCUUAGGUCGAAGCAAAGGGCGUCAAUAUCCACCAAUGGAAGAAAAAUCAUACAAGUUGCUUCAGGUAAGCAAUCUGUUUAUGGAUCUAUUUUAUAACAUGGUUUUUGUGAAAUAA